AUGCCGAACGCGGAGAUGAAGAGCAACAUAUGGCCACUUCGGACCGGUAGCCAUCGUGAAGGCAUGCCGCGAGGUUCGAUACCUAAUCGGGAAAGACCGGCUACUUCGGUGGCUCCGCCGACCGCCGAUGCCGCGCUCGACGUGGUCGAAGAGUGGGCGCAGGAUUUGUCGCCGCUGGUCCUCGCCUAUCGCAAGGCCUUGGGCGCCAUCCGCGACGAGGAGACGGAGCUGCGCGUCGCCGCCGCCGUCAAGCAACUCGCCGAGCGGGCAUCGGAAUCGUGGGUCGAGUGGGCGCGCGGGGACUGGCCCGAGCUCACGACCGCCAUCAAUGCCGAGGUCGAACGACGCUUCGAAGAGCAGAAGCGCCUCGCCGAAGAGGAAGCACGACGCAUCGAAGAGGCCGCGAAGCGUGCGAAGGCCGCCGAGGAACGUCGCCUUGAAGACGAACGGCGUCGGAAGGAGGAAGAGGAACGGCGCCUCGAAGACGAACGUCGCGCGCAAGAGGCCGCUGAUGAGGAGUUGGCGCGGAUCGCGGCCGCCGAAGGCCUUCUUUCUGACCCCGCGCCUGCCGGUGUCGACAAGGGGAAGGGGCGCGCGAGGGUCGACGAGGAAGUCGCCGAACUGUCGGAUGACCCUUCGAUCAAGACUCCUCGGACGGUCGAACGUCCGCUCGCAAUGACUGAGGUCGACAUGGCCGCCGCGGCGAUUGAGAAGCGCCAGUCGGGACAGAAGUUCCAACAGGGCUGCUAUUUCGACAAAGUGUCUGUCCUGGGCAAAACAAAGAAGACGCGCGGCGGGGGAUCAACCACCAAAAAGCGCAUUCGGCCGGCCUCUCCUGGGCCUUCGGUCGCAGACGCGAGUGGUUCGAAGAAGCGCCGAGUCGACGAGCCUCCGCGACCCCUUCUACGACGGCCUCUCGAUGGGGCCAGCCGCCUUGGGCUCGAUCGCGAGGAGCGUGCUCACAUCGCGCGCCGUCGAGUGCUCCUCCACGACAUGGACCUCGACCUUCAAAAGAUGGAGAAGGACGCGCUCGCGAAGGGUGGAAUCGGGUUCGUGCGUGGUGUUGUUGACGAGGACUAG